GCAGGCGAGCCUGGAUCGGGUGUGGGAGGAGUGCAGGACGCAGCCGCCGCGGCACUGUGCGCAGGCCGGGGUGUCCCCGGGGGCUGGCAUCCCUCGGGUGGGCAUCGACCAAUGCCUGGGACGUGUGUGCGCGUGUGUGGGGAGGCUCGCUGUCCCCAGUGGUUCCGUGGGCGCUCCUCCCCACGCCGGGCUUAGAGACGAGACCCUUGAGCCCACGGGACCCCAUAGCUAGCGCAAACGUUUCUGGGGAAAGACUGUCAGUUUCGGAUCCGAGGAUGGCGAUGGCAAAGCUUACCGGAGUUCCUUGUCAAAUUAAAGCUGUCACAGAAUAAAUCCCGCUGCCUGCUGCGAGGCCCCCGCCCCGCGCACUGCAAACUUCAGUGAGCGAACUGGGUAAUCAGUGUUUGGAUAUGUAGAUCCUUGAUUUAAAAGGCGGGGUGACCCUCCCAAGAACCUCUCCCGGGGGCCGAAGCCCGCAGGUGCAGUGAGGCGCGCGGGAGCGCGCGCGCGGGUGAAGACGCCUAGCCCGGGGGAGAGGAAGCCGGGGCGCCCGGCGGGGUCUGGCGGCCGUGCACCGGCGGCUCGUCUCCGGCGGCGGCGGUGGAUGAUGGUGGCGGCCGGCGUGCUGGUCUGUGUGAGUGCGUCGCCGCGGAAAUCAGCGCCCGGCGCUGCACGCUGAGCCCUUUGCAGGUCCUCCGCAGCCCGAGACUUGGCGAGGACAGACCCGGCGCGCAGGGGCCGCCGACCCGUGCGCGGGGGGCCCGGGGGGCUAGUGGGGUCGGCUAAUCAUGGCGGAUCGGACAGCUCCCAGCUGCCAGCUCCGGCUGGAGUGGGUGUACGGGUACCGGGGUCACCAGUGCCGCAACAACCUGUACUACACCGCCGGCAAAGAGGUGGUCUACUUUGUGGCUGGGGUCGGGGUGGUUUACAACACCCGCGAGCACAGCCAAAAAUUCUUCCUGGGACACAACGACGACAUUAUCAGCCUUGCCUUACAUCCAGAUAAAACUCUCGUUGCGACUGGCCAAGUUGGGAAGGAGCCAUAUAUAUGUAUAUGGGAUUCCUAUAAUGUCCAAACUGUGUCUAUUCUUAAAGAUGUCCACACACAUGGAGUUGCCUGCCUGACUUUCGACUCGGAUGGACAGCGUUUAGCCUCUGUGGGAUUGGAUGCCAAAAACACAGUCUGCAUUUGGGACUGGAGAAAAGGAAAACUUCUGGCCUCAGCCACCGGCCACUCUGACCGGAUUUUUGAUAUUUCCUGGGAUCCAUAUCAGCCAAACAGAGUGGUUAGCUGUGGAGUGAAACAUAUAAAGUUUUGGACGCUAUGUGGAAAUGCCCUGACUGCAAAAAGAGGAAUAUUUGGCAAAACUGGGGAUCUUCAGACCAUCCUUUGCCUUGCAUGUGCCAAAGAAGACAUCACCUACUCUGGUGCUUUAAAUGGCGACAUCUAUGUCUGGAAAGGGCUCAACUUAGUCCGCACCAUUCAAGGAGCACAUAGUGCUGGAAUCUUUAGCAUGUAUGCUUGUGAAGAAGGCUUUGCUACUGGUGGACGAGAUGGAUGUAUACGAUUAUGGGAUACUGAUUUCAAACCAAUAACCAAAAUUGAUCUCAGGGAGACAGAACAAGGAUAUAAAGGCCUCUCUAUCCGGAGUGUGUGCUGGAAAGCAGACCGCCUCCUAGCAGGGACCCAGGACAGCGAGAUAUUUGAAGUAAUUGUGCGAGAACGGGACAAACCGAUGCUGAUCCUGCAGGGUCACUGUGAGGGGGAGCUCUGGGCUCUGGCCCUGCACCCCAAGAAGCCACUGGCCGUGACGGGCAGUGACGACCGCUCGGUCAGGCUGUGGAGCCUGGCUGACCAUGCCUUGAUUGCCCGCUGUAACAUGGAGGAAGCAGUUCGCAGCGUUGCUUUCAGCCCUGAUGGAUCUCAGUUGGCCCUGGGCAUGAAGGACGGAUCUUUCAUUGUUCUCCGAGUCAGAGAUAUGACAGAAGUGGUUCAUAUCAAAGAUCGAAAAGAAGUCAUUCAUGAAAUGAAAUUUUCUCCAGAUGGUUCUUAUCUGGCAGUGGGAUCCAAUGAUGGCCCGGUAGACGUCUACGCUGUUGCCCAGAGGUAUAAGAAAAUUGGAGAAUGCAACAAGUCUCUCAGUUUCAUCACACACAUUGACUGGUCUUUGGAUAGUAAAUACUUGCAAACUAAUGAUGGUGCUGGAGAACGGCUAUUCUACAAAAUGCCAUCUGGGAAGUCUUUAACGAGUAAAGAAGAAAUCAAAGGGAUUCCCUGGGCCUCCUGGACAUGUGUGAAAGGCCCAGAAGUGAGUGGAAUUUGGCCAAAAUACACUGAUGUCACUGACAUCAACUCAGUGGAUGCAAAUUACAACAGUUCAGUGUUGGUGUCUGGAGAUGAUUUUGGACUGGUUAAAUUGUUUAAAUUUCCUUGUCUCAAAAAAGGAGCCAAAUUUAGAAAGUAUGUGGGCCAUUCUGCACAUGUUACAAACGUCCGCUGGUCUCAUGACUUUCAGUGGGUAUUAAGCACAGGAGGGGCUGACCACUCAGUUUUCCAGUGGAGAUUUAUUCCAGAAGGUGUCAGCAAUGGCCUGCUGGAAACCGCACCCCAGGACGGUGGCACUGAUUCCUACAGUGAAGAAUCUGAUUCGGAUUUAUCUGACGUGCCAGAGUUGGACUCUGAUAUUGAGCAGGAAACUCAAAUCAAUUAUGAUCGCCAGGUUUACAAAGAAGAUCUACCUCAGCUAAAGCAACAAAGUAAAGAGAAAAACCACGCAGUGCCCUUCCUCAAGCGAGAAAAGGCUCCUGAGGACAGCCUGAAACUGCAGUUCAUACACGGUUACAGAGGCUACGAUUGUAGAAACAAUCUGUUCUACACACAAGCUGGAGAAGUGGUCUAUCACAUUGCUGCAGUUGCUGUCGUGUAUAAUAGGCAGCAGCACUCGCAGAGGCUGUACCUGGGACACGACGAUGACAUUCUCAGCCUGACCAUUCAUCCAGUGAAGGACUACGUGGCCACUGGGCAGGUUGGAAGAGAUGCAGCUAUUCAUGUCUGGGACACGCAGACUCUAAAAUGUUUGUCACUGUUGAAAGGACAACAUCAGAGAGGGGUGUGUGCCCUCGAUUUCUCAGCUGAUGGAAAAUGUCUGGUGUCGGUUGGUUUAGACGAUUUUCACAGUAUUGUGUUUUGGGACUGGAAAAAGGGAGAAAAGAUAGCUACCACCAGAGGACAUAAAGAUAAGAUAUUUGUGGUAAAGUGUAAUCCACACCAUGUUGACAGAUUGGUAACAGUUGGGAUCAAGCACAUCAGAUUCUGGCAACAAGCAGGUGGGGGCUUCACCUCUAAGAGAGGAAUUUUUGGAAGUGUUGGAAAAUUGGAAACAAUGAUGUGUGUUUCUUAUGGGAGAAUGGAAGAUCUGGUGUUCUCAGGAGCAGCUACUGGAGAUAUUUUUAUUUGGAAAGAUAUUUUCCUACUGAAGACAGUGAAAGCUCAUGACGGGCCUGUGUUUGCUAUGUAUGCAUUGGAUAAGGGUUUUGUAACAGGUGGAAAGGAUGGAAUUGUGGAGCUCUGGGAUGAUAUGUUUGAAAGAUGCCUGAAGACUUACGCCAUUAAAAGAGCAGCCUUGUCAACUAGCUCAAAAGGCUUGCUUUUGGAAGAUAAUCCUUCAAUUCGUGCCAUCACUUUGGGACAUGGACAUAUCCUGGUGGGAACAAAAAAUGGAGAGAUCCUGGAAAUUGAUAAAAGCGGCCCAAUGACACUGCUUGUUCAGGGGCACAUGGAAGGAGAAGUGUGGGGCCUGGCAGCUCACCCCCUCCUGCCCAUCUGUGCAACAGUGAGCGAUGAUAAAACCCUCCGGAUCUGGGAAUUAUCCUCCCAGCACCGUAUGCUGGCAGUGAGGAAACUCAAAAAAGGUGGAAGAUGCUGUGCCUUCUCCCCAGAUGGGAAAGCCUUAGCAGUUGGCUUGAAUGAUGGGAGUUUCCUGGUUGUAAAUGCUGACACUGUCGAAGACAUGGUCUCCUUCCAUCACAGAAAAGAAAUGAUCUCUGAUAUUAAAUUUUCAAAAGAUACAGGAAAAUACCUUGCCGUGGCAUCCCAUGAUAACUUUGUGGAUAUUUACAACGUCCUGACAAGCAAAAGGGUUGGCAUCUGUAAAGGUGCUUCUAGUUAUAUUACACACAUUGACUGGGACUCUAGAGGAAAAUUACUGCAAGUCAAUUCAGGUGCCAAAGAACAACUCUUCUUUGAAGCUCCAAGAGGCAAACGGCAUAUAAUAAGACCUUCCGAGAUUGAGAAGAUAGAGUGGGACACGUGGACCUGUGUGCUGGGGCCCACCUGUGAGGGCAUCUGGCCAGUGCACAGCGAUGUGACUGAUGUAAAUGCUGCCAGCCUCACCAAAGACUGUUCCCUCUUAGCCACGGGAGAUGAUUUUGGUUUCAUUAAACUUUUCUCAUAUCCUGUCAAGGGCCAGCAUGCGAGAUUUAAGAAGUACGUGGGGCACAGCGCCCACGUCACCAACGUGAGAUGGCUGCACAACGACUCAGUGCUGCUCACCGUGGGCGGCGCUGACACGGCCCUGAUGAUCUGGACGCGGGAGUUUGUGGGGACCCAGGAGAGCAAGUUGGUGGACAGUGAGGAGUCGGACACCGAUGCGGAGGAGGACGGAGGCUAUGACAGUGACGUCGCUAGAGAAAAGGCUAUUGAUUAUACCACCAAGGUCUAUGCUGUGAGCAUCAGGGAAAUGGAAGGCACCAAACCACACCAGCAAAUGAAAGAAGUUUCCGUGGAGGAAAGACCACCCGUUAGCAGAGCGGCUCCCCAGCCCGAGAAGCUCCAGAAGAACAACAUCACCAAAAAAAAGAAACUGGUUGAGGAGCUGGCUCUCGACCACGUGUUUGGCUACAGAGGCUUUGACUGUCGCAACAACCUGCAUUACCUGAAUGACGGUGCCGACAUCAUCUUCCAUACGGCCGCGGCCGGCGUCGUUCAGAACCUCUCCACAGGGAGCCAGAGCUUCUACCUGGAGCACACGGACGACAUCCUCUGCCUGACGGUGAACCAGCACCCCAAGUACAGGAACGUGGUGGCCACCAGCCAGAUAGGGACGACACCUUCCAUCCACGUGUGGGACGCCAUGACCAAGCACACCGUGUCCAUGCUGCGGUGCUUCCACUCGAAGGGCGUGAACUACAUCAACUUCAGCGCCACCGGGAAGCUGCUGGUGUCAGUGGGUGUGGACCCCGAGCACACCAUCACCGUCUGGCGCUGGCAGGAGGGUGCCAAGGUUGCCAGCCGAGGGGGCCACCUGGAGCGCAUAUUCGUGGUGGAAUUUCGCCCUGACUCAGACACGCAGUUUGUGUCGGUUGGGGUCAAACACAUGAAGUUCUGGACCCUGGCAGGCAGCGCCCUGCUUUACAAGAAAGGGGUCAUUGGGUCUAUGGAGGCCGCCAAGAUGCAGACGAUGCUGUCCGUGGCCUUCGGUGCUAACAACCUCACUUUCACGGGUGCCAUCAAUGGUGACGUCUAUGUGUGGAAGGACCACUUCCUCGUCCGGCUGGUGGCCAAGGCUCACACAGGCCCCGUCUUCACCAUGUACACGACCCUUCGGGACGGGCUCAUCGUGACUGGCGGGAAAGAGCGGCCGACCAAAGAAGGAGGUGCUGUGAAACUGUGGGACCAGGAGAUGAAGCGCUGCCGGGCCUUCCAGCUGGAGACGGGGCAGCUGGUGGAGUGUGUGCGCUCCGUGUGCCGUGGCAAAGGAAAAAUUUUAGUGGGAACCAAGGAUGGAGAAAUCAUUGAAGUUGGUGAAAAAAAUGCUGCUUCCAACAUCUUGAUUGAUGGACACAUGGAAGGGGAGAUCUGGGGCCUGGCCACACACCCCUCCAAGGACAUCUUCAUCUCGGCCAGCAAUGAUGGCACAGCCCGCAUCUGGGACCUGGCUGACAAGAAGCUGCUAAACAAGGUGAGCCUGGGCCACGCGGCCCAGUGUGCAGCCUACAGCCCAGACGGGGAGAUGGUGGCCAUUGGCAUGAAGAAUGGAGAGUUUGUUGUCUUGUUGGUGAACAGCCUGAAAGUUUGGGGGAAGAAGAGAGACCGGAAAUCUGCUAUCCAAGAUAUCAGAAUCAGCCCAGACAGCAGAUUCUUAGCCGUUGGUUCUUCUGAACACACAGUUGACUUCUAUGACCUCACUCAGGGCACAAGUUUGAACCGCAUCGGCUACUGCAAAGAUAUCCCCAGCUUCGUCAUUCAGAUGGAUUUUUCUGCAGAUGGCAAGUACAUCCAGGUGUCCACAGGAGCCUACAAGCGCCAGGUACAUGAAGUUCCCCUGGGGAAGCAGGUCACGGAAGCCGUGGUCAUUGAGAAGAUCACCUGGGCCUCCUGGACAAGGAUGCCUGACUGCAGGAAGCCUUGUCACACACCUCACACCUCUUCCUGUUGGAACAGCAUUCUGGGAGACGAAGUCAUUGGCAUCUGGCCGCGAAAUGCAGACAAGGCUGACGUCAACUGCGCCUGUGUGACCCAUGCAGGGCUGAACAUCGUCACGGGAGACGACUUUGGGCUGGUGAAGCUCUUUGAUUUUCCAUGCACAGAGAAAUUUGCCAAACAUAAGCGUUACUUCGGUCACUCAGCUCAUGUGACGAACAUCCGUUUCUCUCAUGACGACAAGUAUGUAGUCAGCACUGGAGGAGACGACUGCAGUGUAUUUGUUUGGCGAUGCCUAUAAAUGCCAGAAUCCGCUUUCCUGCUGCCGCCACGGCUGGCAACCACAGAGGCCAUGACGAGGUACCUCCUGGCUGCCAGCUGCUGGGAAAGGUCUACGCCGCCAACAAGCUACAUGAGCUCCAAGUGCUGGUGAAAUGUGACUGCUCCCAUCACCUGAAGCUUCCAAAACCGGGAUGUCAAGAGGGAAGGUCAGUGCUGACGUGUUAAGACUGCUUGCCUCUCUUCCUGAGACUCAAAACUACACGUACUCACUACACUGACAAAGAAAUCCUAUCUGAUAAUGUAGCCCACUGACAAAAUUUAAAGCCUCAGUUACCCUAACCAAUAUGUAGCUUUUAAUUUGCAUCAAAACUUUUACAAAAGAUGUUUUGCUAUUAUGUUUCUAUAUACUUUAAAAAUGUUCAUUUUUACAAAUAAGGAAGUUGAACAGGACAGCUUAAGUUAGAUUCACCGAAAUACUAGAAAUACUGAUAGCCUUUGUUCUCCACAUUUAGCUUUCAAAACCAAAUGAGCCAUGUAUAAACAAGUUGAGAAACUUAAUUUUUUUAAUGUUUCGUUUGCAGAGUUUUAUAUCCAUUAAGUGCCUUUGAAAGCUUCCAGUUGUGUGGGCUGCUAUCUCACCUCCCACAAAUUAUCUCAUAUGGUGCUAAAACUUCAAAACUGAGGAGGGCUACAGGAUCCUAGCAGAUUCCUGGUCACCCAUGUCAUGUGUUUCGGUCAAGGCUUCCCGAAGGAAAGACAUUAGUUAUGUGCUUGGGAAACAGUGGCUAUUUGAAGUUGAGCAGCAAAGAAACUUAAGUUCAGGUGUUGGAAGAUGGGUGGGUAGAGUGGGUUUCAUUAUACUGCGUGCCAAACCCACAACAUCCAAAACAUUUCAAAUAAAACAAAACUACUACAAAAUAGACAAAGAAGGGGGAAAAAAAAGCUCAAGUAGGUCCAGGAAGAUGAGCUGAUUUAUCCUGCUGAACCUAAAAUGGUAACAGAGGAGGUGCCUGGAGGCUGCGCUGGGAGGGCCGCUCCCAGAGUAGGGUAGACUUGAUUCCAGUGGUGUGCUUCAGGUGAACGACACAGGUCAAGUCUGGAUUCAAAAAAAAUCUCUGCAGAACAAAUUCCUAAGCCCAAAGCAGUAUUAUUUGAUAACUCAAGAUUAUAAAGCAAAAUAAUCUAGUUCAGAGUUGGCUGGAUGACAGAAUGUGACUCGGCCAACAAAAUCAGAGGCACCCUGGACCACCUCCCAUCAUACUUGACACUUGCUGACCACUAACGAGGGGCUGAUGAUGGCACAUGCUGGAGGGCAGGUUGGUGACAGGCUGGGACUCUGAGCACAUACAUUAUACCAAUUAGACCUUCUAGUCAGUGAACUAAAAUUCUGGAUCUUGAGUUACUGGCUAUUUUCAGUUGUCAGUUUAGAGGAACGGUGAAACGAAGCAUUUUCAAUUAAAUAGAUUAACAUUUACCACAGAAGUGCUUCAACAUUCUAAAUGGAUUAGAUCACUCAUUAAGCUAUUUUUAUAUGCCAGUUUAUUAAUGCCUUACAUUAACCCACUGAUAGGUUGUUGGGCCCACAGUUAGAGUCCCUAUGCAGCCCUAAUUCUGUUUUCUGUCUCCAUGUGACUGGUGAUGCUGAGUGAUA